ACACAUGAAAGUGUACCGAAACACCUUUUCGAUAGGUGUGCGAUAAAAUUUUCUUAAAAUAUUUGUUCAAUCUUUGUUUUUAGUUUUGUACACGAGCAAUGGCCAUUAAAGAUUAGAUUUAGAAUAUAUGCAUGCAUUGUAUGUACAUAAAUUAAUAACAGGGACAUUUGGAGUUUUCUAAUUCAAAUAGUCAAAUAAGACUGAGAAUUGAGAAUUUGCCAAAGACAAGUCAAACUCAAACACUGCUUCAACUCAUUCUUUGGAUAACCCAUUACUAUUACACACUCCAGUUGUUGAUUUUCAGUUUCAGAAGAGCUAUGGAAAGCAGUAAUGAGCAACACCAACCAAAGUUGAAGCUUUACUCCUACUGGAUUAGCUCUUGUUCGUACAGGGUCAGGAUCGCUCUCAAUUUGAAAGGGAUAAACUACGAGUACAAAGCAGUGGACUUACUGAAAGGAGAGCAUCGCACCCCAGAGUUUUUGAAGCUCAACCCGAUUGGAUUUGUACCUGUGCUGGAGGAUGAAGACAUAGUUAUAUCUGACUCAUUUGCUAUCUUAUUGUAUUUGGAUGAGAAGUACCCUCAUCAUCCACUAUUGCCUUCUGAUCUUAAGAAAAAAGCCAUCAAUUUGCAGGCUGCAAACAUUGUUUCCUCAAGCAUACAGCCUCUUCAGAAUAUAGCAAUACUGAAACAACUUGAAGAUAGAGUUACUCCAGAAGAUAGAGAUUCUUGGGUUAAACAUUUUAUUGAAAAUGGCUUUGCAGCACUGGAAGAGUUGCUGAAAGAUUAUGCUGGAAAAUAUGCAACAGGAGAUGAAGUCUUCCUGGCGGAUUUAUUCAUAGCACCCCAGCUUUACAAUGCAAUUAUAAGGUUCAAACUUGAUAUGAGUGGAUUCCCUCUUUUGUCCAGGCUGAAUGAAGCCUACAGUGAGCUACCAGCAUUUCAAAAUGCCAUGCCGGAAAAUCAACCAGAUAAUCUUUCCUUCAGCACUUGUUGAGACAAAUAAUUAAGAGAAAUAACGAACAGCUUUAGAUUCCUAGUUAAAUCUAAGAGCGCUUGUCAUGUCUCUAGUCUGCUUGUGGUAUGAUAUAUUAUGGUAUGGUGUGCAGUGACAACCCUCCUUUAAGGCCACUCAUGCAGUUAUAUUGUUUAAUUAAGUUUAUCUUCAAAUCUUUUUCUAUAGUUACAAACAACUCGCAUUUUACUUUGCGUGCUGUUAUAUUUUGUUUAAUACUAUAUAUCAAAUUGUUAGGAUAGAAACCACUUAAUUGUUUUUCUGUUAAAUUCUGUUAUAAAGUAGUUAGUCUGUUAUGAUGUAAUCUCUUGCUUUUGUACUCUUCUUGGGAUAUAAAUAAAGGCUUUACUCAGUUAGUUCAGUGGUUCUUUAACACCUCUGUUCUAGCUUGUGUAUGAUUCAGAAA